GCUCCGCUGAAGCGCGGAAGGAGGAGGAAGUCCCUGGCAGAGCCCCACAGAGCCACCUGAGAGCUGGCGCGCUGCUGGGGUCGUGCGGGGCACUGGGAAGCCAGAGUGUGGGAAGCUGCUCUGGGACCGGGAGGACUGCCCCCGUCAGCACACCUGAGGAUUGGACUUACCCAGCAGAUGUGACGCCCACGCUGGCUGGGGCUCCGAGCAUGGCUGACACCAUCUUCGGCAGCGGCAGCCACCAGUGGGUCUGCCCCAAUGACCGGCAGCUCGCCCUGCGAGCCAAGCUGCAGACAGGCUGGUCUGUGCACACCUACCAGACCGAGAAGCAGAGGAAGAGCCAGUGCCUCAGCCCGGCCGAGGUGGAGGCCAUCCUGCAGGUCAUCCAGAGGGCCGAGCGGCUGGACGUGCAGGAGCAGCAGAGGAUCGGGCGGCUGGUGGAGCGGCUGGACACCAUGAGGCGCAACGUGAUGGGGAACGGCCUGUCCCAGUGUCUGCUCUGUGGAGAGGUGCUGGGCUACCUGGGCAGCUCGUCCGUGUUCUGCAAAGACUGCAGGAAGAAAGUCUGCACCAAGUGUGGGAUCGAGGCCUGCCCUGGCCAGAAGCGGCCCCUGUGGCUGUGUAAGAUCUGCAGUGAGCAGAGAGAGGUCUGGAAGAGGUCGGGAGCCUGGUUCUACAAAGGGCUCCCCAAGUACAUCCUGCCCCUGAAGACCCCCGGCCGGGCUGAUUACCCCCACUUACGACCUUUGCCUGUGGAACCGGCUGAGCAAGAGCCCAGAAGCACGGAGACCAGUCGAGUCUACACGUGGGCCCGUGGGAGAGUGGUCUCCAGCGACAGCGACAGCGACUCGGACCUCAGCUCCUCCAGCCUGGAGGACAGACUCCCGCCCCCUGGGCUCGGGGACCCCAAAGGCGGCAGAGCCAGGGGGGACUCAGGUGGCAGCGUGGAGUCCCCCAAGAUGGAGCUCACCCACCCAGCCAGCCACCUGUCGGGGAGCCAGAGCAGCCUGGCCAGCGAGGCCGGGACCGGCUCUGCAGACCCACAGGGGGCACCCCCCCCUGGCCGGACCCAAAGGGCUCCAGCAAAAGGCACACCUGGGCGAGUCCCCGCUGCUGACGUGGCCCGACGAGCCCUCCGCCUGCCCUGGGCAGUGGCCUGCGGGGCGCACGGGGCAGGCUUUCCAGUCGGAAGAGUGAGAGAGAGCGCGCACCCACAUGCUGGAGCCAGACCUGCCGGCUCCUUCCUGACCAGCCCCGGAGGCCGCACAUCCCCCUGUCCGACAUGACCUCUGAAUCAACAGACCAGUGUUUGGGGCUGAGUCUGCUUCUCCCACUCAGUGCCUUUCUGCCCCUUUCUUCUGGGAGCCCUCACACACACACACCCCUCCCCCCGCCCCUGGCCGUGUCACUCAGCUGUGACCUUUAUUUAUUGUCCUCCCUCGACCCCCCCACACCUACCCCCCCCCCGUGUUUAUUUCAAGUUGGCUCUCCCCUUGGGUUGGGCUGGAUGGGCCGUCACCCACUGGUGGGGCCUCCACGUGCACUGCAGUUCCAGGGGCACCAGACGGGCUUCCUCCACGUGGUACUCACGGGAGAAGCCCAGCCCUGAGCGUUACCCUCCAAAGCCGAGCUUGGCCCCGAGGGACCAGCCCUGGAGUCCAGAGCAGGUGGGAUGAGAGAGUCCCCACCCUUUCCCUCUGCGGGGUCCCGGGAGGUGGGAGCUGGGGCCUGGCUCUGUGGAUUCCUGGAACCCCUCCUCGGCCCCCCUGGUGUUCCCAGCCUCUCCCCCCACCCCCCCACCCCCCACCCCCCACCCCCCCGGAGCUGAGAAGGGCUCUGGGGGAGACUGCGAUGCCGCUCACUGAAGAGCAGCCUUCAGCCUCUGCAGCUGGGCCUCAGCUCCCCGAAGCCAUUAAUUCACGUCUCUUCAGUCGGUUCGGUUUAGCGUGAAAAAUACUUAAUUCAAAGCACAGGCAAAUGCUUCUGGAAAACCCUUCCCCGAAGAGAGAGAGAACGUGUGUUUGUGUGCGUGGGUGUUGUCUGUACCCUCCCAUCCUUCCCCCCCCCCCCCGCCCUCUCCCCCAGGCCCCGCCCUCGAAGGGCCUGCUCCCCAGGCCCUCAGGCCCCCACCAUUAGCUUUUUUGCCACGGCUACUGGCAGAUGGUAAAAAACCUCACUGUUUCCCUGUGACAAGCUAUGCUUCGGAAUACAAAUAAAGAUUAGGGUUUGCAUUGA